UACACACACGCCAGACACAGUCCCGCCCUGCUCCACUGCAGUGCAUACACCAAUCCCCGAACGCACCAUAUGACCGCCCCGAACAGGGAUCGGCCACUGGCCGCAUCCGACCCCUCGGCGUAUGUUUACACGGAGGGCGCCCCGGUGCCGCCGGACUUCGCCCGGCGCCGGGCGGCCCUCUACAUCAGCGAUGACGACCUGAUGGAGCGCAUUCGCCAGGAGGCCGAAGAGGCCGCCCGCCAGGCCAUCGAGGAGGAGGAGGCGGCCGCUCGGGCGGCCGCCCGGCAGAAGCGCGAGCAGCGCCGCAAGACCGCCGCCACCUCGCCGCCGGAGCCUGCCACCACCACCCCCGCCGCCGCCGCCGCCGCCGCCGCCGCCGCCGCCGCUACCAAUCCCACUGUGCCCGGCUCGCCGACUGGCAUUCCCUCCCAGCGGGUGGCUCGCAAAAAGCCCGCCUCCCAGGCCGGCCCGGAGCAGGACAUCUCCCACCUGCUGACCAAGCAGUCGGAGAUUGCCUCGCGCCGGGCGGCUGCCCUGGAGCUCGAGCUGCAACAGGCCCAGGCGCUGGCCACGCUGCACCGGCAAAUGCAGCAGGCCGAGGAGAUGCGUCUGUUGGGCGGCGCCGGCGCCGGGUCCCUGCAGGAUGACGACGAGGAGGAUGACCAUGAUGACGGGCCGGUGGCCGCCGCCCCGGCGGCCGCUGCUCCCGUGCCGGCUGGCACGUCGCGCCACGCGCCGGAGGGGUGUGCCCGUGCGGCGGCGGCCGCCGCCGCUGCCACUGCCCUCUUGGCCUCGGCCCCGACGCUGGUGGCCGCCGCCGGGCAGCAGGCCGCCGAUGCGGCCGCCAAGGCGGCCAUCUCGUCGAACCCCGCCGGGCCGGGGGUGCUGCUGCCGACCGCCGCCGUGGCUGCUGCCAAGGCGGCCGCCGCCAAGGCCGCCGUCAUCCAGCCUGACCCUAGCCUCGGUCCCUUCCGCUACUGGAUGGACUCCUUGAUCCUGGACAUCGUGCGCGACCCGAUCUCCUACGGCAAGAUGAUCAUGGGCAUCAUGGUGCCGCUGGCCCUCAUGGGCGUCAUCUCGGCCUACCUUCUCAUGCGGGAGAUCAAUGCCGAGGCCAAGAAGGAGGAUCUCAAGCGCGCCCGCCAGCGGAAUCUGGCCACUGUGCGCCAAGUGCGUGCCGGCAAGGGCGGCGCCGUCGCCGGGUCCUCCACACCGGAUGCGCCUGGCGUCGUGAGCACGGCGCUCCGGUCGCCGACCGCCCGGAAGCGGUAGCCCGCACGCCGGGGCCGGGAGGAGGCACGGGGGCUGGCGGGGGUUGGCGCGUUGUCUGCCUCCCGUCGCCCACUCUCCCUCUCUCUCUCUCUCUCU